UUGGUUCCGACCUCAAACUGAUUAGCACGGCUUUUCAUUCUAUCCUUAGCUUCCCGUGCAGCUGAUUAGCAGCGGGGCCCGCUUCUGCAGCGAGACUUCUGGACCGGCCGCUUGUUCCUGCUCCUGCAGCAGGAGCUCCAUCCUUCUAUCUCUGGCUGGACUUUUCUGUCUUUCUCUGGAAUAUGGCUGCGGAUCAUAUUUGCCGACAUGGCGAUGCCCUCGGCCAAACUGCACCCAGAGACCCGUGAGGGAAACAUGGCUGCCCUAUGUCAAUAUUUGCUGAGCGGACCCCCUCUGAGGCUCAACUGUUGAACCAACAGGGAGGCCGUCACAGCACCUGAAGAUGACGUCCUACAAGCAGAACUUCCAGUGCUUCAAUUGCAUCGCGAGCGACUGCUCCUUUCUGCCGCAAAAGUUGCACCCCAUUCGGCUGCCCCACAUCCCCCAGCACGGCCUGGUGGGGCACCAUGACCCCGUGGAGCAGUGCUGUCUUUGCGCUGAGUAUCGACACGCGCAGCUCUUGGAGUCGCAUGUUUCGUCCAUGUGCCACCCACCGUGUCACCAGCACCUUCACCAUGUCCCCAGGAGACCCUCGGGGGCUGAGGAGCGUGUGGUGCACGGGAGGCACCAGCACAGGCACAACAAGAGGCUGGUGCUGGUGAAGAACAGUGACCCCUCAUUCAGGAAGACCAUCUCCUUGCACAGCAGGGGUCUGCCCAGUUUGAGCUUCUUUCUUGAGGAAGUGUCUGAGCUAAUGGAGUACAACGUCAGGAAACUGUACACAGUGGAGGGCCACAAGAUUGAAAGCCUCCAGAGUCUGAUGCAGUGUCCUGGUGUCCUCAUCUGCAUGGGACGUGAACCUUCUCACCCAUCUAUCAUCAGUAAACUGAGAAAAACAACAGAGGACAGACUGCCAAAGCUGCAUGUGAAGACUUUCCGGGCGGACUGCAGUGAUAGACAAGGAGCUGCCAAGCCUGACACCGAGUUGAAAUCCAGAUCCAACAACCAACCUCAAGACAACCCAGUGUCUGAUGGAAACAAUUCUCCAGAGGUCACCUCUUGCACACCGAGUCAGGAAGACAUCACAAGGGACGACAUUGAGAAAAUAGUGCGUGUCAACAAGGACGGCAGCUUGUCCAUGGAAAUGAAAGUUCGCUUUCUGCUGCAAAAUGACGAAACACUGCACUGGUCAACGAAAGUCAGAAAGACCUCGGACAGGCUCGACGAACUCCGACCAGGACCUCAGUACUUCUCAGAGGUCAACGACAGAAGCUGCUCCCAUAUGGGAAGAGUUUCGCCCUUUGAGGCGGAAGAUGUCACUCAGCGCUCGCGGGAAUAUUUUCACUGUCCACACUGCUGCAGUCAUUGCAAGGAGUUUGAUCUCUGGAAGCCUGGUACACACUGGGCCAGUCGAAACAUUCACACCUCCAGCUCCAGCGCGUCAGCACACACACUUGUCUCCAGGAGAACCAUCACGGAAAGCAGACAAACCACCUUAAAGUCGAGCGACGCAGAACAAGUCGAGCAAGAACUAUGUGUCAAGGCAUCAGAAACCCUCGAGUGUUGCACCUUCAUGAGUGAGACUUGCACUCCGAACAGCUGUUCAAAAGACCAGGAAGAACCAAAUGAUCAACAGGAAGGAGUGCCUAUAACUUCCUCUCAACAGGUCCAAAAUGAAAGGCAUGAAAGUGCCACACAAAGUGCUUCUAGAUCUUCAUCUGUGAGUUGCAAAGUAGACAUGGAGACUACAGAACCUGUUAGAGAAGAGUCAUCGACGAGCCUUACGGAGAGCGUAUCAAGUUCAGGCAAGUCCAGGAAGUCCAAGAAAUCCUACAAGUGUCAAUGUGGAGAUGAGACCAAAGGUCAAGACCAGGAGGAGCUUAUAAGAGAAUCAAGUGCCAUGUCUGUUAACUCAAACAAGUCAGCGAGGUCGGCUAAAUCUGGGAACGCAGAGGAUGCAGUAGAUAAAGGAUCUAAUGGUGCCAUGUCAGUUGCUUCAGAUGCCUUAGAUGUUCCUGCUGAAGAGAUAGGGAAGGAUGAAGAACCAGACAGCAGACCUCCGAGUCAUUUAUCGGUCAAGUCCAACAAAUCAAUAGGGUCAAACGUGACUGAGGAACUGGCUGAGGAGGUAAAUAAGCCAAGAACUAGGAGUGCCAUGUCAUCGAUGUCUAGAGGAGCCGCUGCUGAGCCAAAUGAAGAGGGAAAUGACCAAAUCUCUGACGAAGAAAUAGAUUCAGUGGUUGAGUCAGUCGCGUCGAAUAAAUCUGAUAAGUCUUCUAAUUCAAAAGCCUCAAACAAUUCCAAGCACAACGCACUGGCUGGUCAAAAAAGGUCCGGCAGCGGGAUGUCAGUGAAGUCUAGGGCCACUGAAAAUGAAGAUUCUGUGAGAGACGCGGACACGAGUGCAGCAUGUGCUGAGGAAAGUGCCACUGAAAAUAAUGAGGCAAGGCUGUUGAGCCCAUCCUCUGGAAAGUCAGUCAAGUCAAAAUCCUCCACUCGUUCUAAAGCUUCUCGAGAUCAUUCCAAAGUAACUGAUGAUGAAACAACAGAUGUAGAAACCAGCCAGCGAUCGCCCAGCUGCACGUCUUCCAGAACAAGCCUAUCAAAUUGCCAAGAAGGAUCGGAAGCUGCUGAGGCCGAUGAAAAGGGAAGAGCCAGUGUGCUGUCCGUAAAAUCGGCAAGGUCAAAUAUGUCGGUCAAAUCUAACGCCUCCAAUCCAAGUCAUGUUUCCGCUCAGGAGAACGCUACUGACCAUGAGGACGUUGAAGAGUCUCAAUCUGUGAAAUCUCAGGAAUCAGGGGCUAAAGAGAGGUCCACCUCCUCGAUGUCAGUGCAGUCCGUAAGGUCUAGUGUCUCCGCAAGAUCUAGUAAAUCCACAUUGAACUGUCCCGCUCAAGAGACUCAGACCGAGGCUGAAGAAGAAUCGAAAGAAAGAGCAAAAAGCCGCUCAUCGAUAAGAUCAGGAAAGUCCAGUGUUUCUACGAAAUCUGCAAAAACAGUCACGUCUGAAAUUCCUGGUGAAGAAGGAAACGUAGCUAGAACCAUCAGUUCAAUGUCAACCAAGUCAGCUGUUUCUCAAAGGUCCAGAAAGUCAGCUCCGAAUGGUUCAGACCAAGAGGCGGACAUCAGAGCAGUGAGCAGAACUUCCAUUCAGUCCGAGAAGUCAUCUAAAACAAAUGCGUCUACCACUUCAAAACGGUCCAAGAUGUCAGAAGUUGAAGAACAAAGGACCCCCAGCUCCAUGUCAGUCCAGUCAGUACGAUCAAGCGUCUCUGGAAGAUCAAACGCUCCCGAUCAAGAGACAUCCGAUGUUCAGGCUGAGAACGACGACAACCAACCAGGUCGAGCAAAUAGCUGCGUGUCAGUGAGAUCAGCAAAGUCUCAUGUCUCUGCCAGGUCAACAAAGACCGUCACCUCUGACGUUUGUCCUGACAUAAACACCACAACGUCAGGUGAUGGGGACGAUCACAGAGAAGGAGGUAGCAGACCAACUUCCGCUAAAUCCUCUGCCAUAUCGGAGAAGUCAGAGGUCAAAGUAGAGGAACAGGAUCUAGAUCAGGAGGUCAGAGCUGUGAGCAGCUUGUCGAGACAAUCUGGAAAAUCUUCAAAAACAAAUGCUUCUACAACAUCGCAGAGAACGAAAGUCUCUGAGGUUCCUUCCCAAGGAGAACCUCGUGUCGCCAGCUCAAUGUCAGUCCAGUCGGUAAGGUCAAGUGUUUCGGCCAAAUCCAGUCAGUCAAAGGCAAAUGACUCCUGCAAGGUUGGCAAGGAGAAUGAUGAUGGUGAGCAACCAGCGAGAGCAACCAGCUGCAUGUCGGUUACAUCUGAGGAUCAAGUGUCUGUUUCAGAUAAGACAUCACUGACGGAAGAAGAGACAAACACUGUAGACCAGGAGGUUGAUGUCAGAACUCAUAGUAGCAUGUCGAGUCGAUCUGAAAAAUCUUCCAGAACAAAUGUUUCAGCAAUGUCCAAGCGGUCAAAGAUCAGUGAAGCUCCAUCAGAAGACAAGUCAGAACAUCGAACCGCCAGCUCAAUGUCAGUGCAGUCAGUCAGGUCAAGUGUCUCCGCAAGAUCUAGUCAGUCAAAAGUAAAUGACCUUGAGCAAGAGCGCCAUAGUGAGGUUCAGAAGGAGAACGACGAUGACCGACUGGAAGAAGGAGCGAAAAGUUGCAUGUCCACAAAAUCGGGAAAAUCUUAUGUUUCCGCCAAGUCAGCAAAAACAGUCACCUCGGAUGUCGGCCCAGACCAAAAUGGACUCGGUUCAGAACAUCGGCCUCCCAGUUCCGUGUCUGUUCAAUCGGUGAGGUCAAAUGUCUCUGCAAGAUCCAAUCCCUCGGACCACAGGACACCAAGUGUGAAAUCACGUGCUUCAACGAAAUCCAACAUAACUGAUUUAUCAGAAAUGUCUAGUGCAGUGGUUCACACAGGAGAUGGAGGAGAUGAAGCGGAGGAGAGAAGUGUGAUCUCAGUCAAGUCUGAAAUAUCUGGAGUCUCAGAACAAUCGGCAGAGGUCACUGAAGGCCACGUGCAGAGAGCACCAAGCAAUCUGUCAGUGAGCUCCGUGAAAUCCACCGUGACCAAUGUGUCGACAACAUCCAAAAGAUCUAAAGCUGUGGAGAGCAACGACCGCAGAUCCAAAAGCUCUAUGUCUGUCCAGUCCAUUCAGUCAAGCAUUUCUGCAAGGUCAAACAAAGCAAAGGAGAAUGUCCAAACAGCUGAGGAGGAGCCAGUUGAAGAGCGAGUCAUAAGCAGCAUGUCAACAAAGUCACACGUUUCAGAAAUAUCUGUCAAGUCUUCUGAGAGACCUGCAAGCGCCUUGUCCACAAAAUCAGCAAGGUCGCAUGUUUCAACCCAGUCGAAUAGAAGCAACGUCACUGAGAACUGUGCCAUGACAGAUGAAGGAUUCCGUGGAAACGAAACUGAGGAGAUAGAAAGUUCCGUUCUGUCAGUCAAAUCUGAAACAUCUGAGAAAGUCUCAGAAAUAGGAGAAGAGAGAGCGCCCUCUUCAAGGUCGGACGUGUCAGCGUCCUCUAUGACCAUCCCCGGCAGUGUCCACACUCAUGAGGAGGCAGAUGAAGUCCAGGAUGGGAAAUCAAUCAGCUCACUGUCAGUGGCGUCUCAUAGAUCCUAUGUCUCAGAAACGUCAAGUGAUGCCAAGUUUUUAGCCGAAGAAAGCUCCAUCAGAGCCAAGUCCCAAGCUUCAACGUCCUCUGUGAAAUCCAGUGUUUCAAGAGCCAGGUCCAACAAUCACAAAGAAAGUUCAGACAAGGCUGAGAGUGUCAUUUCUGUCAAAUCGUCCAGCUCAAGAAUUUCCAAAAAAUCCAAUCUGACAGAACUAGAACCUGCAGAAGACACGGCACUUUGUGACGCACAAAGAUCAGGAAGUAAGAUGUCCCAAAAAUCUUCAAGAUCAGCAAAGUCCUCCAAGACCUCUGAGCUCUCAGAAAUAACUUCAGUGCACAGUACUGAAGUUAUGACAGAGGAGAGAGCCAGUGUAGUCGAAGAUGAUAAAACUGAGGUAUCAAGGAGCUCCUCUGUAAGAUCCGUGGGGUCACAAUCCAAAACCAGGAGUCGGGCAUCAGUCAGGAACUCAGUCACUCCUGAGGAAAACACAGAGGUAACUGAAGGAAAUGAGGUGCAAAGUGUGAUAUCAACCAUGUCAGAGGUCAUUGCAGAAGAACUAGAAGCCUCCUCUGAAAAUGGUAAUGAAGAGGGAAGUGAACGCACCCUGCCACAGAAGGACUUGCUACAGAGACCUCAAAGCACCUCCUCAGCAGCGUCUGCCAGGUCACUGAACAGGAACAGAACCAACAAGACCGAAAGACUACAGAGUCCGGACGUGACUACAUUUAAUGGAACAGACAUUCCUGCCGUGACCGUUGAAGGAAGUGAGUCGCCACGAUCGGCAACGGCUUUGUCAUCUAAAUCGACAAACUCAAACAAAUCGGCAAAAUCUGACGUGAAAGAGGGAUCGAAAAGCUCCCUGUCCGUGAAGUCAAACCAGUCGGUAAAAUCGAGUAAAUCCAGAAACACUGAUAAGAAGUCUGGCAGGACUGAGCUGACAACACCAGCGCCUUCCGAAGUCGAGGUCAAGACAAGCGAAGACAAGAGUGAAACCGAGUGUAGCUUGCAAAGCAAUGACAACAAACAAGAAAACUGCACUGAUCCAUCCAUGACGACCAUCACAGCGGAGGGAGAGGAACAGACAACAGAAGAAGCGGCACAAACUCAGGGAGAAAAGCCUGUGGUAUCGUCUGCUGAAUCGAAUGACACCGAUCUGUCCCAGGCUUUAUCCAGUUCAGACAACGUCCAAGCACAGUGUGAGAUGAACAGAGAACCAACAGACAUCGACAAUGCUGAAGACAGAAGCUGCACGUGCAGCAUCGCAGAUGAGGUUGAGCUGGUUCCCUCCAGUCUCCCAAAUGCCUCCCCCACCGAGGUGGUCAACGAGUGGCUGAAGACCAUCCCAGCUGACAGUGAACCAUACGAUAUGGAGGAUUUUAGCGAUCACACUGAAGGACAUAUGCAAGGCAACGGGUUGGAUUUUGUCGAGAACAGCUCCGCUGCUGAGCAGAGAGAUGAAGCCUUGAAAAGUGUCGAUAGAACAAGCGAUGAAAAUAAGAUCAAAGACGACAAGGAAUCCAAAGUGUUCCAUUCCUCGGUUCAGGUUAUGAAAGUCCUUCUCAAUCCAAAGCCUGACAGAUGCCACAGUUUACCAGAAGUCUCCCCGGUUUACGGACGGAAACUCAGCAACUCCGCCCGAGGGUUUCUGGAUUGCCUGGUUAAGCUUCAGUUGAUUGACCACAAUCCCAAAAAAGCGAAUGAAAAAGAUGAACGAUACAAAGAGUUGAUGAAUAUUCUUCAAUCCCUUUGGUUCUCUGGUCCAAUAGUAAACCAGCGCCUCUUGAGGAAGAGGGAGAAUGACAUGGACGAUGAAUACAAUCAUGGGUCGUCCUCAGGUGUGGAUGUCAACAGUGGAUCCUCCGGGAAAAGCAGUGACGGUCUUAACGGUGAGACCUCUCAACCCGAGAACACUGAAAAAGAAACAAGUAAGGACGAGGAGGUCCCAAACGGAGAUGAGCCAGCCACAGAUGAGACCAUCAGGAGCAAUGGCAGUCAUAGAGAGCUACCUGAAACCCCACCGUCUCCAAACAAGGCCUCAGAAAAUGAGAACAGUGGACAAAACCCACAAGAAGCUCCAAAAAGAUUCAGCGAAGAGAGCGGCGGUGACAAUCCGGAAAGGUUUGGCGCAAAGAUUUCACAAGACCCGGACCCGAUAUGGGUCUUGUCUUUGUUAACCAAAAUUGAAAGGCAGUUCAUGGCACAUUAUGUGGACGCCAUGAAGGAGCUGAAAGUUCGCUGGAACAUAGAGGACAAUGAACAGCUUAACACCAUGAUACAUGAACUUAAAAAUGAGGUCCACGCAAGAAUCCAGAAGAGUGUCUCCAGGGAAAUGAGGAAAAUACAAUACAGAGCCGGCGUGCCAAGGCCUCCACAGGAGCCGAAUCGGCAAACCGAAGAACGGAGAAAGAUUCUCAAAGCAAUAUUCCAACAAUCCCAGGCAGAAAGUAGCUACGACUCUGCGACAGGAACAUCUUACAGUGAUCAACGCAGCCAAAAUGACGACGAAUACUGCCCCUGCGAAACAUGCGUGAGGAAGAAGAUGAGUGCGGCGCCACCUGUCCCAGCCAAAGCCCACAACGUUGCUCCAAUCGUCAUGGACUUUGACUUAAAGAGGGUUCUUCAGAUGAAAAACACAGAUGCUGUUGAUGCCCUGAAAGAAGCAGCUGCAGAGGGUGGCGAGUCAGUUGCAGCCGACGACGAAGAAACGUUGGUGGGCAGUGAAGAACUGUCAGAGAGAGAAGAAGCUCCCGGACACGUGAAUGAUGGAGUUGUGGAGGAGGAUGCUGAAUGUGGAGAAAGUGAAGGUGUUGAGACACUGGAAGGUCACCCGAUGGCUACAAAAGGAAAUACAGAGCUGACCAUGGUAGAAGUAAGAAAAGAGGGGUGGUCAAAGUUAAAAAGGCGACUGCUACCAACAGUGAGAAUUGCUGUGCAGACAAAACUGGCAAUGAGGCAACUUAUUAAAGCUGGAGAUAGAGGUGAAGAAGAGGGUUCGAAUGAGCCAAGUGUGGAAGCCGAGAAAGAGGAGCCUGAAGGUGCGACCGCAGAAACCUUUGAGGAGGAGGAAACGUCCACCCAAUGUGUUGAUGAGUUGGCGGAAAAGGCCACUGAGGCUGAGUCAAAGGAAGACAGUCUUGAGGUUGAAGCCACGGAUGUGGUGUCUGAGUCUACACAUGCAUCUGUCGAACAGGAGGAAGUAAAAAGUAGCAGCCCUGUUGAGCAACCGGAUGAGGAGGAAGAGAUGGAAGUGACUGCCAGUCAUGAGUCAGCAGAAGAAAGAGCAAGUGAGACGGAGGAGAGCAAAGACGCUGGAGACGUCACUGAAGUUGAGGCUGCAGCUGCAGAGCAAGGGGGUGAUGAGGUGACUGAUCUCCAGGAAGGCUGCAUCUCCUGUCCUGAGGAGUCGACUGAAGAAAACACAGGUGAUACUGCAUUAGAUAAAGAAGCUGGUGAGGAAGCAGAUGAGAACAAAGAAGAAGACAUUGAAGAGGCUGUGGCUGUCUCUGCUGAACAAUCUGAAGAGGAUAAGUCAGAGCAAGAUCAUGAGUCAGCAGUAGAAGAGCCAAGCGAGACGGUGGUUAAAAAAGACACUUGUGAAGACAAGGAGACAGCAGAGCAAGCUGAAGAGGAAGCUGCAGGUCCUGCAGAUGAAACGCCAGAGGAAGAUGCAAGUGAAGCUGCGGGGACAAAUGGAAGUGUUGAAUCGGCAGAGCAGUCUGAUGAGGAAGUGACAAACAGCCAGGUGGAUGAAGACCCAACUGACUGUGCUGAGGAGGAGGAGGAGGAAGAAAGUGAGAAGCAUGAAGUCGCACAUGAAGAAGAUGCAGCAGCUGUGGAGCAAUCUGAGGAAGAGGAGGAGGUUGAAAUGAUUCAUCAUCAGGAUGAUCAAAGUCAUGAGCCAACUGGUGAAGAAGAAGCAAAUCCUGAAGAGGAGACCGUUGACCAGGAAGAAGAGGAAAGCCUUUCUCCAUUUGAGGACGAGUCUGCAGCUGAAAAUGUAGACGACGUGCAGCAAUGUGCAGAGCAAUCUGAAGGAGAGUUGGAGAAGACAGAUGAUAAAAGCGGCAGCAUCCCUGAGGAACAAUCGGAGGAGGAAUGUGACAGGACUGCCAUGUGUGAUGAGGAGUCAGCGCCAGAACAAGCUAGUGAGACUGAGUCAAGGAAAGACAGCGUUGAUGCUGAAGGUGAAGUCACACCAGCACCUGAAGAACAAUCUGAAGAGGAAGAGGAGCAAGCAAGUAUUGAUGCCGCAGAUGCUGAAGAUGAGAUGGCAGCUCCACCUGAAGAGCAUGAAGAUGAUGAGGAGGAGGAGGAUGAAGAGCAAGAAAACAAGACUGAUGCCAUAGAUGGUGAAGAUGAGGCAGCAGCUGCACCUGAAGAGCAUGAAGAUGAUGAGGAGGAGGAGGAUGAAGAGCAAGAAAACAAGACUGAUGCCAUAGAUGGUGAAGAUGAGGCAGCAGCUGCACCUGAGGAGCAGUCCGAUGAGGAAGAGGAGGUAGAGAUGAAUCAUCAUGAGGACGAAGAGCAAGUAAGCAAGACUGAUGCUACAGAUGCUGAAGAUGAGGCUCGAUCUGAGGAGCAGUCCGAUGAGGAAGAGGAGGUAGAGAUGAAUCAUCAUGAGGACGAAGAGCAAGUAAGCAAGACUGAUGCUACAGAUGCAGAAGAUGAGGCUCGAUCUGAGGAGCAGUCCGAUGAGGAAGAGGAGGUAGAGAUGAAUCAUCAUGAGGACGAAGAGCAAGUAAGCAAGACUGAUGCUACAGAUGCUGAAGAUGAGGCUCGAUCUGAGGAGCAGUCCGAUGAGGAAGAGGAGGUAGAGAUGAAUCAUCAUGAGGACGAAGAGCAAGUAAGCAAGACUGAUGCUACAGAUGCUGAAGAUGAGGCUCGAUCUGAGGAGCAGUCCGAUGAGGAAGAGGAGGUAGAGAUGAAUCAUCAUGAGGACGAAGAGCAAGUAAGCAAGACUGAUGCUACAGAUGCUGAAGAUGAGGCUCGAUCUGAGGAGCAGUCCGAUGAGGAAGAGGAGGUAGAGAUGAAUCAUCAUGAGGACGAAGAGCAAGUAAGCAAGACUGAUGCUACAGAUACUGAAGAUGAGGCUCGAUCUGAGGAGAAGUCCGAUGAGGAAGAGGAGGUAGAGAUGAAUCAUCAUGAGGACGAAGAGCAAGUAAACAAGACUGAUGCCAUAGAUGCUGAAGAUGAGGCUCGAUCUGAGGAGCAGUCCGAUGAGGAAGAGGAGGUAGAGAUUAAUCAUCAUGAGGAUGAAGAGCAAGUUAACAAGACUGAUGCCGCUGAGGAGGAAGAUGAGACAGCAGCUGCAUCUGAAGAACAUGAAGAUGAGGAUGAAGACCAAGAACAAAAGAGUGAUGCUGCUGAGGCUGAAGAUGAGACAGCAGCUGCAUCUGAAGAACAUGAAGAUGAGGAUGAAGACCAAGAACAAAAGAGUGAUGCUGCUGAGGCUGAAGAUGAGACUGCAGCUGUGUCUGAAGAGCAUGAAGAUGAGGAAGAGGAGGUAGAGAUGACCCAUCAUGAGGAUGAAGAGCAAGUAAACAAGACUGAUGCCAUAGAUGCUGAAGAUGAGGCUGCAUCUGAGGAGCAGUCUGGUGAGGAAGAGGAGGUAGAGAUGAAUCAUCAUGAGGACGAAGAGCAAGAACACAAGACUGAUGCCACCGAGGCGGAAGAUGAGACAGAAGCUGGGUGUGAAGAACAUGAAGAUGAUGAAGAUGAUGAGGUGACUGAUAAUCAAGUAGAUGAUCCCGAGUCACUGAAGAACAGCGUUGAGGCCACAGAUCCUGAGAUGGAGGCAGCAGAUGAGUGUGCAAACCAAGAGGAAGUGGAGUGUGAAAGUCCUCACCUACAAGCUGAUGAGUCAGCAGGAGAUGACAAAGCUAGUGUGUCUGAGUUAGAGGAAGAUGGUGAUGAAGCUGUAGAAGGGGAGACGCAGGACGUGUCAGCAGAGCCAUGGGACAAGGAAGAGGAAGUGUCUGAUGAUCAACCAACAAGUGAGACUGAGGUGAAGGCAGAUGGUGGUGCUGCAGCUGCAGAUGGUGAAGAGGAGAUAGAUGGAAAUGCUGAGGAAAAAAGUCAUGUGGAUGAUGAAGAUGUCCAUGAUGAUGAAGCCAAUGAUAUGACCUGCACAGAUGCUGGUGAUGGAGAGGACAAUGACGUCACCAAAGACGAGAUGUUGAAUGAUGAAGUGGCAGCGACUGAAGAUGAGUCGGUGGUUAAAAACGGCAUGUAUGCGACCAGUGAAGAUGAAUCAGAGGAUCACGAUGAGGAGUCUGACAGUGAAGCUUCCAGUCAAGAGCAAUCGAGCAAAGAUGAGUCAGUGAAAGGAGGAACCAUUGAUGAAGGAGAUGGAACUGCAGACGACGAAGAAGAAGAAAAACCUGGUGCAGGUGAUGUGUCAGAUGAGACAGACAGAGAGGAAACAGCAAAGGAAGAGGGUUUUGUAGAUCAGGAAAAUGAGCAGAGUGAAAAAGAAGAAAGAGAAGAGGAAAGCUUUGAAGGACCUGCAGGAGAAGAUGAGGAUUCAAACGUUGAUGAAGACGAGGGAAACGCGGUGGAAACUGAAGAUGAUGGUGGCAGCAGGGAAGUUCCUUCUGAAGCAGACGCCUCGGAAGAUGCAGCCAUUGAUGACAGUAAUGACAACAAGCAUGCAAGUGACGAUGAGGAACAUGAAACUGCUGGAGAUCAAGAGGCGUUGGAGGAAUCUAAAGAUGAGUGUGUCAAAGAGGAAUCAGAAGAAGAGCUCUCUGAGGCUGAGCCUGAAACUGCCAGCGCAGAGGAAGAAGCUGACUGUAGCUCUACUGAAGACAACACAUCAUCGAGAGAAGAAGCAGGUGAAGAUGAGGAUCGUUCAGAGGCAGAGAAGACAGGUGAGGAUGAGGAACAUGUCUCAGAUGACGACGGGUCAACACUGAAAGAAAUCGCUGAAAGUGACGGUGGAGACCCAGAGGGAGGAGAUGUUGAAAGUGGUGAGACAGGCGGACUAAGUGAACAAGAUGAUGGACAAGAUGAAGCCACGGAAGAGGAAAGAAAUCCUGAGACGGAUGAGACUCAGGAGACGCUGAGACAUGAUCAGUCAGGAGGCACUGAUGAAGUUGUGGAGCUGGAGAAAGAAGAGAGUGAAGAAAAAACAGACCAUGACGAUCAAAAGUCAGAGAAAGAUGUAACCCAUGGCGACUCCAUCAACGUCACGAACGAAUCCCUCGUGAAAGAGGAGGAGGAAACAAAGUGGAGCGGAGACCAAGGGGAGUCCGCGGAUGGAGAAGAUGAGGCUGAGGAAGAGUCAUCCGAGGAAGAGGUCGACGACACAGAGAAGCAGUCUCUGCCAAGCAAGACGACCAGUGCCGUGCCGAACGAUCCCGCCACCGUCAACAAAACAACGUUGAUUCCCAUUAUCAAAAUAGCUGGGAAAUCAGAGGACAGCAACUUUGCCGAUGUCGAAGACUCCGAGACUGAGGCGACCAAAGAUCAGGUUUAAGUGAAAAUGGCUGAAAUGGAAUGAAAAGGAUUAACGCUUAUUGUGCUCAUCCACAGGUGACUUUUUGCAACAAAGCUAGUGUUUCGCCUCCAGUUACAAUAACAAAAACCCACUCGACAACUUUGAAAUAGAGGUGCUAAACAAGAUACCAACAAAUUCUGGCCAAGACCUGCCGCUGGAUCAUGAAUCGUCCAGCCAAAAAGUCACCUUGGCUGUGUACCAUGGUGUACGGAACACAGAGAAGACUUGGCAGCUAAUACCUCCUCAGACUGAAGUCCACCUGCUCACAAUAUUGGUUUUCUUUGACUGGAAAGGAAGUGAAACUUGAAAAGUGAAUGUACUGUAUAUCUAACUUGUCUGCAGUAAACCCUAUUGAAGUAUUGAACUACUAAAUGCCACUUUAAAAUGCACUGUAGAUUUACUGGCUGUGCUGCAAUGCAAUGACACCAAAAUCCCUGUGCAAUAUUUAUUGUACAUAAUUUAAUAGUUAUAUUUUUCUAGUAUAUAUACACAUAUUAUAUGACUUAUUUUAUUAUAAAUUUUCCUCAUAGAUUUAGUGCAACUGUGCAGAGAAGCUGUAUGACAGCGACAUCUUCACCAUUUCAUAUUAAUGCAUAUUUUAGAAUAGCUGUCGAGUUUAGGAACAAGCGCUUGUUGUUGUAUUUAUGAAAGUCUUUUAUUUUCUGUGUUACACAGUUAAAAAU